CCCGGAGCCUCUCCCAGCGCCGCGGGUAUGAGGCGGACAGCGGCGGACGAGGAGAAAGCGACCUUGGGGCCACUACCGCCGCCCGCAGACGCGGGGCGUGCCGCUCUCCUGACGGCAUGCGGCUGCCGCCAGACUGCAGGAAUACGGAACACUUUAUAUUCAGGAAUACAAGAAAAACAGCAAAGUGGAGUCAAGUACAUGCAGCAGCUUCAUGGGCUUGAAGGAUCAUCUGGGGCAUGAUUUAGGCCACCUUUAUAUGGGGAGCACUGGCACACAAAUAAAUGCAAUUGUACCUUGGUCAGUGGCGGAGAAGCCAACGAUGGAUAAGGUUAAUUCUAGGAAAGAAGAUGCAGACAAGGAGGCAUCUGAAGAGACUUCUGGAAGUUCCAGCUGUGACUCUGAAGAAAGCACAAAUUCUGAUAAUGAUUCAGAGAGACUGAAUAAUUCUGCAUCAGAAUCACAUUUAUUGCCUAAGACUCACCAACAGCUGUGCCGAUUUCCUUGCUUAGAGCCUCAUAUACUAAAAAGAAAUGAAAUCUUACAAGACUUUAGGAUAGAAGAGGCUCAGAUAGUACCUAAGGAAGUCAAAAAGCCCCCUGAUGUGAUGAAAGAAUAUCAAACCAAACUGGAGUUUGCACUUAAGUUGGGUUACUCUGAAGAGCAGGUUCAACUUGUACUAAAUAAACUUGGGACUGAUGCUUUAAUAAAUGAUAUUUUGGGAGAACUUGUCAAACUUGGGAAUAAAACUGAGACUGAGCAGACUGUAACUAAUGCUAACACUAGUGUAAUGCGUGAAGCAUCUUCCAUAGAGUCUCAGAGAUCAGAUUCUCCACUGCAGGAAGAUGCAACAGAGGAUGGUGACAACCUGAGGCCAAUAGUUAUUGAUGGCAGCAAUGUUGCAAUGAGUCACGGGAACAAAGAAGUAUUUUCUUGUCGAGGAAUCAAAUUGGCUGUAGACUGGUUUUUGGAAAGAGGCCACAAGGAUGUAACUGUGUUUGUGCCAGCCUGGAGGAAAGAACAGUCAAGACCUGAUGCACUUAUCACAGAUCAAGAAAUCUUGCGUAAAUUAGAAAAGGAGAAGAUUCUUGUGUUUACACCAUCCCGCCGAGUGCAAGGGAGAAGGGUGGUGUGCUACGAUGACAGAUUCAUUGUCAAGUUGGCCUUUGAGUCAGAUGGCAUUAUUGUAUCUAAUGAUAACUACAGGGAUCUAGCUAAUGAAAAGCCUGAAUGGAAGAAGUUCAUAGAUGAACGCUUGUUGAUGUAUUCAUUUGUUAAUGACAAAUUUAUGCCUCCUGAUGAUCCUCUUGGGCGCCAUGGUCCAAGUCUGGACAAUUUUCUUAGGAAGAAGCCUAUUGUGCCAGAACAUAAGAAGCAACCGUGUCCAUAUGGGAAGAAAUGUACCUAUGGACACAAAUGCAAAUACUAUCAUCCAGAAAGGGGAAAUCAGCCUCAGCGAUCUGUAGCUGAUGAACUUCGUGCCAUGUCUAGAAUCACAGCUGCCAAAACUACAAGUGAAGGAGGACUGGUAAAAAGCAAUAGCGUUCCCUGUAGCACUAAAAAUGAUGGCACUUCUGAGCUGAAACGUGCUGCUCCAAAGAGGCAAUCGGAUCCUAGUAUACGGACUCAAGUCUAUCAAGACUUGGAGGAAAAGCUUCCCACCAAAAACAAAUUGGAAACCAGGUCUGUACCUUCUUUAGUUAGUAUACCAAGUUCCUCUGCUGCCAAACCCCAAAGUACUGCACCUUUAACUAACGGCCUUCCAUCUGGAGUUCACUUCCCACCUCAGGAUCAAAGACCACAGGGACAGUAUCCUACAGUGAUGAUGGCAACCAAAAAUCACGGAACGCCAAUGCCUUAUGACCAGUACCCAAAAUGUGAGUCUCCUGUGGAUGGAGGGUAUUACUCUAUGCUGAGUGCAUAUUCAAAUAUAAGUAUAUCUGGUCCACGCAGCCCUGAAAGGCGCUUCUCCUUGGACACAGAUUAUAGGAUUAGCUCUGUAGCUUCUGACUGCAGUAGUGAGGGGAGCGUUAGCUGUGGCAGUAGCGAUUCCUACGUGGGUUACAGCGACCGCUCCUACAUGAGUUCUCCUGACCCACAGCUAGAGGAGAACUUGAAGUGCCAGCAUAUGCACCCCCACGGCCGCCUUAACACUCAGCCCUUCCUACAGAGCUACCACGAGCCUCUCACAAGAGUGCAAAGCUAUAGUCACGAAGAACCAAAGCAUCACCACAAACCUCCAGUUCCCUACAUGGCUGUGCAUCUGCAGCAUCCAGCAGCCAGUGCUCGUUCGAGUUGUCCAAACGAAUACUCCGCAUCUCAGAGUUCCUCACAUUCAAAGACCAUGCAUCUGGGGAGAGCCCUCGUGUCCACGAGAAUAGAGAGCAUUUCAGACUCGCGUUUGUACGAUAACUCUCCAUUAAGACACAGGAAGCCUUAUUCUGGCCAAGAUGGGCUUGGAAGUUGGGAUAGGCAGAGUUACGGGAUGGAUGCCUAUGGCUACCGCCAGACCUACUCCUUGCCAAGCAACCCCACGCAGCCAUGCUACGAGCAGUUUGCCUUCCAAAGCUUACCUGAACAGCAGGACCAGACCUGGCGUGUACCUUACUGUGGAAUCCCUCAAGACCCUCUGAGGCACCAAGACACCCGGGAGAAGGUUUACAUAAAUCUCUGCAACAUCUUCCCCCCUGAUCUUGUGAGGAUCGUUAUGAAGAAGAACCCUCACGUGACGGACGCUCAGCAGCUCGCUGCAGCCAUCUUAGUGGAGAAAUCUCAGCUAGGUUAUUGAGAGAUGAUGCAUCUUUGUGGUGUCUCGUAGUUUUCAGCUCAGCUCUAAUGCUGAGGGAGGUUUGCUACAAUAGCAUUUGGGAUCUCCUUCUCAGCAAGGAGGUUAUAUAGUAAUCCGUUUAUGUGAAAUACUGUAUCAUGGAGUCUGUAUGUAUAGCCCCAUGCAUCGGAAGUACCAGAUAUGUUUUGUGUCCUAGUUUGAAAUUUUUUAAAUGGAUAUUUUCACAGCUGGAGAAUGUUCCAGUUUAAAUUAAUAUAUAUAUAUAUAUCUAAAAAAACAAAAAUCUGUAGUCUCUGGUUAUAAUCUUUGGUGCAUCAGGGGUUUAUAUGCAGCACUUUCUAUCCUUGUUACAUGUUGUUGGGAUUUUUGUUUUCAUUUUUUUAACUUGCUGGAUGUUUGUCCUUGGCCUGCAUGAUAUUAAAACAACCUGCAGAAAGAGGAUUUUGCUACUUCUGGCAGGCAAUUUUCAAGCCAAGUUUUUGUACUUUUUACAGCACCAUGUUUGUUUGUUUGUUUGUUUGUUUGUUGUGAAUUUUUUUGUGCUAUAAUCAUCUAUUUAUAGGAAACAAAGAUUUAAUACAGCACUGACUUCAUUUUUUAAACAAAUAAAGUUACCAGUUAAUGGUAAAAUGGGUAACAAUAUAUUAGUAAUUUAUAGUAUGGCACUUUUCAUUGCUUUCUUUGUUGUGUUUAAAUAGUUACAUGUUUUGUUGAUGCAGUUGAUUAGUAAGACCAGAUGCAAUCAGAGGAGGGAAAAAAUACCCGUUUUUUAACUUAAUUUAUUGAUAAGGUAGAAACCUUUUUGCCUGAUUUUUGAAGGUGCUGAGAAUUUGCAGCCCCCUUUGAACCUAGCAGAAGCUGCAAAGACUCAGAACCUGCCCAAACCAGGCCACCCUGUUUCAGUUCCCAUGUGGUUACCUAGCUCAGUGUAUUUCUGGUCAGUAAAAAGGGGCCUUGUUUAGUUGUUAUAGGUGUUUGUCUUUGUAUUGCUGCACAAGUGUACUGGAUAAAAUAAGCUUUUCAUAAAAUAUUUACCUGUUUUUAAAUGAAUUUAAUUAUCUCAAUGCAAGUUUUGUAUUUAAGAUACUGUUUGAUUUUUUUUCUUGCUAUUUAUCAAGGCUGGCCUGAAAAGGUUGUGUGUGUUGAGGAUAUGCAACAUUUAUUAACUGCACUAUACUAAUGAUAUUG